AUGGCCCGUCGUGCUAAGUGCCCCCCUGUCCCUUCCGACGCUCGCCUUCGCCCGUACACCAGAAGUCGUUACCCCACGCUCUCACAUCGCCCCGCCCGGACCGAAACAAAUUGCUCCGUCUCACCUGAGCCAGCCCGCGGCCAAAUCCAGGGCCAGCACUCUGUGUCCCCCCAGCUCGAUGCUGACGGCCCAACAACAGAGUCAGCGCUACGCGUAUUGUCAAUCGGCGGACAUAUUUUCAACAUCCCGAAGGAUCCGCUUAAGGCGUUCCACGCCAUACGUUCUCAGAUAAUCUCGUCCUUCGUUGAUAUCUUUGAUGGUACGGCCGGGGCAAGGGAUAUCGUGUUCAUCUCCGUUACCCCAACCCGCGCAUCGAUGGAUCCCACCCCAAGCAAAGAACAGAGAAUACUCACUAUCGACGGACACAUCUUCAACAUCCCAGCUGAUCCGGUGGGGGCUUUUCAGGCUACCCGUCAGAUGACGCUUGCAGCUUACAAGAGGAUUGCACCUGUCGCGGCUGGGGGAAAUCGCGAAUCGGGGACUCCUGACCAGAGGGAUAUGGCAUUUAUCUCUGGGACUGCUACACUGGCUGUUGAAGAACACGCCGACCUUGAAGAAGAUCAUGAAGUACCAGAUUCGCAAGACUCUGCUCCUAUGCGCAACACUGAAUCACCUCCCCCAGCGGACGAUGUCGGUACUGAGGUCUAUGAGGUGGAUGACGAAGACGACCAAGACUAUAGGCCCAGCGCUAGUGUCCGCCGUAACUCAGCACACACUAUACUUGAGCCUACCAUCGACUUGGCAACUACUAACACCGCCUCUACUACCACCCCUCUCCCCCGUGCACGCUUCUACCUGGUAGGCGCCUUCCUUGGCGACUAUACCGACUUCGCCCAUGCCCAGCGUGACUUGGGUAAGAGAGCUGCAUGGGUCAAGGGGAAGUAUGUUGACGGGCUUAUAUCACUUGGCGGGAAGUACGCAAUCACGAAGGAGGAGGUGGGCACAAGUAGGUGUCGGCAAUGCAGAAACUCCAAAGAUGAUCCGGUGUGUAGGGUGCUGGGUGGGAAGGAUCAGUGGUUGAAUAGCACGAGGUGCGGACUCUGUUUGGUGAGAUCGGUGGGAUGCCAUAUGCCUUAG